UUUCCCAUAAAAAGACACACAGAUUCAUUCACAGGCCUCUCUCAUAGUCAUUUCUCCAAGCAGCAAAAAAAACCAGCGCCACGUCAUCUUUUCUUCCUCUUCCUCUCCGUUUCUUCCCAAAAAUGUUCAGUUUCACCUCCGUUACAUUUCCUCCAAUCUCAACCCUAACACCAUACAUCGUCUCCGCCGUCAUCUUCCUCAUAUUCCUCGAACAACUCCGCUACCUAAUCAAGAAACGCCACGUCCCCGGUCCGCCUCUUGUCCUCCCCUUCCUCGGCAAUGCAAUAUCUCUAGUCCGUAACCCUACAAAAUUCUGGGAAGAACAGUCUUCAUUUUCAAAAAAAUUAGGGUUCUCAACGAAUUACAUCAUCGGAAGAUUCAUUCUGUUCAUCCGUGACACAGAACUUUCCCACCUCAUCUUCGCCAAUGUCCGCCCCGACGCCUUCAUGCUCAUCGGCCACCCCUUCGGGAAAAAACUGUUCGGCGAUCAUAACAUGAUAUACAUGUUCGGGCAGAGCCAUAAAGAUCUCCGGCGAAGAAUUGCUCCCAACUUUACGCCGAGAGCAUUGUCGACUUACUCCGAUAUUCAGCAGCGGAUUAUUCUCAAGCAUUUCAAGAACUGGGAGAGUUUAGCCAGUCGUGGGGAUAAUAAUUCUUUAAGUUUUAGAUUGCUGGUACGUGAUAUGAAUCUUGAAACGUCACAGACUGUUAUGGUCGGUCCGUAUUUGAAUCGUGAAGCUCAAGAAAGUUUUAGGGUUGAUUAUAAUUUAUUUAACGUUGGUUUAAUGAAGCUGCCGGUUGACCUUCCCGGCUUCGCGUUUCGAAACGCUAGGCUCGCCGUUGACCGUCUUGUGGAGACGCUGGGCGGCUGUACUAAGCGGAGUAAAUCAAGAAUGGGGAGGGAUAAUGAGGAACCGAUUUGUUUAGUUGAUUUCUGGAUGCAAGAAACUAUUAAAGAAAUCGCCGCCGCGGAAGCUGCCGGAGAGGCUACUCCUUCUCACACCAGCGACGCUGAAAUCGGUGGUUACCUUUUUGAUUUCCUAUUCGCCGCUCAGGACGCUUCCACUUCUUCUCUUCUUUGGGCGGUUACGCUUCUUGACUCACAUCCCGACGUUUUAGCAAAAGUCCGGGCAGAAGUAUCCGCCGUGUGGUCGCCGGAGUCAGGUAAGUUAAUCAAUGUAGAGCAAAUUAGGGAACUUAAAUACACGCAAGCGGUGGCGCGUGAAGUCAUUAGAUACAGAGCGCCGGCGACUUUGGUACCUCACAUUGCCGUUAGGGAUUUCCCGUUAACGGAGUCUUACACGAUUCCCAAGGGGACUAUAGUUUUCCCGUCGGUUUACGAGAGCUCAUUCCAAGGUUUUACCGAACCGGACCGAUUCGACCCAGACCGGUUCAGCGACGAGCGACAAGAGGAUCAAUUGUUCAAGAGAAAUUUCUUAGCUUUUGGAGCCGGGCCCCACCAGUGCGUGGGCCAGAGGUAUGCGUUGAAUCAUCUGGUGCUUUUCAUAUCUAUGUUCGUUAUGAUCUUUGAUUUCAAAAGAGAUCAAACGGACGGCUGUGAUGAUAUUGUUUAUAAUCCGACGAUUUGUCCUAAAGACGGGUGCACGGUUUUUCUGUCUAGGCGUUGUUCAGAGUUGCAGAAUCUUGAUCUGGAAUGACGAAAAUGUCCUUCUGGGUCAAACAAUUGUAAUUUGUUUUUGUUGUUUGUUUCUUGGGAAUAUUCAAGUGUUUGGUGAGUGUGUAUAGAUGAAGGGUUGGGAUUCUUUCUUAUUAUUGGUGCAUGGAACAUUGAUUGGUGGAUAAUUGGGUUUUGGGGUUGGUUGCAAUCUCAACAAAUGGGGUUUGUUGUGGAAUAAAAUUGUUCAUAAUCUUUAUUUUUGCAAUAUCUAUUUUUACCAUAGAAAAUCUAUUUUGCAAUUGUCAACUAAA